AUGCUUCUGGAUGGGACCGUUCGGCCGCCGCGUGAAUGGCACACGCGCUUGAAUGAGGAGCUCGAAAACUUUGAGUUCGUGACGUUUUUGACGGAUGCGGCGCUCUUUUCGGAAGUGGUGGACGGGGAGCGGGUUUACCUCAUUGUGUGGGUGGACGGCAUUCUCGUCGCGGCACGGGGGGCGGAGCGGAUUGCGAAGGCGAAGGCGCACUUGGCGGAGAAGAUCGACGUCCGCGAUUUGGGGGAGGCGACCUACUUCCUCCGGAUGGAACACACAAAAGAAGGUCACAGGGGGGCUUCUUGGGCGGCACGGUUUGCGGGCGCACGGACGGUCUCGGUCGUCCUUGGGGCGGGGGAGAAGUUGACGCAAGAGGGUGAGCCGCUAGACACGGCGAGGCUCCCUCAUAACGAGCUCAUUGGAAGAUUGUUGUACUUGAGCGUGUGCACGCGGCCCGACAUUGUCCAAGCCGUGGGUUCUUUGGUGCGCACUACGAGUGCGCCAACGGAGGCGCAUUGGGCGGCGGCGCUUGGGGUGGUUCGCUACUUGGCGGGGACGGAGGAAGCCGGAAUAACGUUCGGGGGGAGCGGCGAGGUCUUCGAACUGCUUUGCAACGAUUAUGCGGGGGAUAUUGACACAAAGCGUUCUACAACGGGGUACGUCUUGUUAAUGUACGUGGGAGCGGUAAGUUGGUCGAGCCCUCUUCAACCAACGGUGGCGGUCUCGACGGUAGAGGCGGAGUAUAUGAGCGCGGAAACGCCGUGA